AUGUAUGUAUAUGAAGGGUUUGGAGGGUUGUAUCGUUCUCGUCUUGGUCCUCGUCUCCUGCAUGAGACGGAGCGCCGCCGGAGAACCGCCGCCGCUGUGGAGCUGCCGGCGUCCGCCACCAAGCUCUGUCUCGCGGUCCAAUGGAACGCCCUCCUCCGCCGCCGGUGCAGGGCAGGGCAGUGGGCGGAAACCCUCGCCCUCUUCCGCCGCAUGGCCGCCGGCGGCGGCGGGCGACGCCGCCGCUCGCCGGAGCCCGACCGGUUCACCCUCUCCAUCGUCCUCAAGGCUUGCGGCGAGCUAUGCAACCUGAGGGAAGGAAGGUCGCUCCAUGGCUACCUCCUGAGGAGGCCCCAGGAGGAACUCCGCAGGGACCUCUUCGUCGGCGCCGCCCUGGUGGAGAUGUACUCCCGCUGCGGCGAGAUGGGCGGCGCCGCCGCCGUCUUCAAUGCCUACCCAUCGCCGGACGUUGCCCUCUGGACAGCGGUGAUCAGCGGGUACCAGAAGAAAUCCAUGGCGGAGGAAGCCGUCUCCUUCUUCUCUCUGGUUCUCCGGGAGAAGAAGCAUCUGAACCCUAAUCCGAGGACCCUCGUCUCCCUCAUCGCCGCUGUCACCCAGAUCGGAGCUCCCCUCGCCGGAAAAUCUGCCCACUGUUACUCCCUCCGGCGAGCUUUCCUCUCCGACCUCCCGCUUAGCAACUCCGUCCUGAACAUGUACUCCAAGCUGGGGAACGCCGAUUAUGUGGUGAGGUUUUUCGCCGCCAUGGCCGGCAAGGACGUGAUAUCCUGGAGCUGCGUGUUAGGGUUUUACGCCCGCCAUGGGAGGACCGCGGCGGCCCUGGAGCUCUACCAGCGGAUGACGGCGGCGGGUUUCCGGCCCAACUCCGUCACCGUCAUCGGCGCCCUCCAAGCCUGCGCGGCGGCGGCGGAGCUGCCGGAGGGGAGGAAGCUCCACGGGGAGAUCCUCCGGCGAGGUCUCGAGUUGCAGGCGGCGGUGGCCACCGCCCUUAUCGACAUGUACAUGAAGUGCUCCUGCUCCGGCGAGGCGGAGCUCGUCUUCUCCGGCAUGCCCACCAGGGACGUCGUCACCUGGUCUGCCAUGGUGGGUGGGUACUCUCAGAGCGGGCUACCCGACAUGGCCAUGGAAGUCUUCCGCAGGAUGAUGAUGGAGGGAACGAAACCAGACGCUGUCGCCAUGGCGAAGCUCCUCUCCUCUUGUUCUCAGUCGGGUCUCCUCCGGCAGGCCCUGUGCCUGCACGGGUUCCUCCUCCGCCGGGGCUUCCACCGGCGACGCUUCGUGGUAGCGGCGCUGAUCGAUCUCUACUCCAAAUGCGGGGCGGUGGAACUCGCCGUGGGAGUCUUCACGGCGAUGAGAGAGAAAGACGCUGUCGUGUGGAGCGCCAUGAUCGCCGGCUUCGGUAUCAACGGGCUUCCCGGCGAUGCCCUGCGGCUGUUCAGAGAGAUGAUCAGAUCCUCCGCCGCCGUCCCCGGCGGCGCCACCUUCGCGUCCCUACUCUCCGCUUGCAGCCACUCGGGCCUCCUCCGCGAGGGGAAGGAGAUCUUCGAGGAGAUGGAGGUUAUCCACGGAGUGGCCCCCGCCGGCGAGCACGUCGCCGCCAUGGUCGACCUUCUGGGCCGCGCCGGCGAGCUACCGGAGGCCUUGAAGCUGAUCGCCGCCGCUCGUCAGAGCCAUUUUAGCCACGCUUGGGCGGCGCUGCUGGCGGCGGCCUGCAGGAUCGACGGCGGCGCCGCAGCGGAGGUGGGGGAGCUGGCGGCAAGAAAGCUCUCUGAACUGGGCGCCGACGACAUGGCGGGGCCUUAUCUUCCUCUUCUGCAAGUUUUUGCCGCAAAUGGAAGGUGGGAGCAGGUGGGAAUGGUGAGGAAGACGGUGGAGGACCGUCUCUUGAGGAAGAUCCCCGGAAGGAGCUCGAUAGAGGUUGCCGGCGGAAUCCACUGGUUCGCCGCCGGCGACCAAAACCACCAGGAAAUCGAGAGGACUCAGCUGAUUCUAAGGGGUUUGGGGGCGGCGAUGAAAGAGGGAGGAGGCUCCGUCUUUGAUGAUGCUGCUUCGUUCCACUGUGUUGACUAA